AGUACCGUCACAUGUGUGCGCAUGCGCUUUGCGGCGCUGUCCAGGGCCGGGUAUCAUGGCGACGUACGUGGAGAUUCUAAAGAACGAGUUUCCCGAGAUCGACACGGAGCUUUUUGACUACAUCACAGGUGUGUUGGACAGUGGCGGUGCGGACUUCGAGGAUGGGGACGAGGUGUUUGACGCCGUCGGCGGCGUCCUGCAGGAAGUCUCGGCGGACAGCAAGAACGAGGACGAGGUCAGAGACAUCUGUCUCCAGAUGUUCAACACCUUAAAACUGAACAAUCAUCACAGCUCCCAGAAGCAGGUUCUGCUGGACGCCCCGGUCCAGUUGUCGCAGGUCUCUGCAGACUCUGUUUUAGCAUCACAAGAUGUCCAAGGAAUCUGGAUGAUGAAACGUCCUCAGAACACCACGGUUGAUGCUAAGAAGUUGGAGAAGGCUGAAGCGAAGCUGAAAGCGAAACAUGAGCGGAGGACAGAGAAGGAUUCUCAGAAGUCUUCCAGUCCACUCGUCCUGGAGGAGGCGUCGGCCAGCCAGGCCAGCAGUAAGAAGGACAGCCGGGUGGACCAGUCAGGGAAGAACCGCAGCUACGACAUCCGCAUCGAAAACUUUGACGUGUCCUUUGGAGAGAGGUGUCUGCUGCAGGGGGCGGAGCUUUCUCUGGCGUACGGCCGGCGGUACGGCCUGAUUGGCCGGAACGGCCUGGGGAAGACGACGCUGCUGAAGAUGCUGGCGAGCCGGAACCUCCGCGUGCCGGCCCACAUCUCCAUCCUGCAUGUGGAACAGGAAGUGGAGGGGGACGAGACGGCGGCGCUGCAGAGCGUCCUGGAGAGCGACACGCUGAGGGAGGGGCUGCUGGACGAGGAGAGGACGCUGAACGCACGCAUCGCCAACGGGAUCGCUGACGGGAUGGAGAGCGUCCGACUGUCGGAGAUCUACGCAAAGCUGGAGGAGAUCGAAGCUGACAAAGCGCCAGCCCGAGCCUCCGUCAUCCUGGCUGGUCUUGGAUUUUCUCCUAAGAUGCAGCAGCAGACGACAAAGGAGUUCUCCGGAGGAUGGAGGAUGAGGCUGGCGCUGGCCAGAGCUCUGUUUGCUCGGCCCGACCUGCUGCUGCUGGACGAGCCGACCAACAUGCUGGACGUCAGAGCCAUCCUGUGGUUGGAGAACUACCUGCAGACGUGGCAGUCCACCAUCUUGGUCGUCUCCCACGACAGAAACUUCCUGAACGCUGUGGCAACCGACAUCAUCCACCUGCACUCCCAGAGACUGGACAGUUACCGUGGCGACUACGAGAACUUCCUGAAAACCAAAGAGGACAGACUGAAGAACCAGCAGAGGGAGUACGAGGCCCAGCUGCAGUACAGACAGCACAUACAGGUCUUCAUAGACCGGUUUCGGUACAAUGCCAACCGGGCUGCUCAGGUCCAGAGUAAACUGAAGCUGCUGGAGAAGCUACCAGAGCUGAAGCCCAUCGAGAAGGAAACAGAGGUGACGUUAAGGUUUCCAGAUAACUUUGAGAAGCUUUCUCCUCCGAUCCUCCAGCUGGAUGAGGUGGAGUUUUGCUACUCUCCCGACCAGCCGCUGUUCUCUGGACUCAACCUGUCAGCUGACCUUGACUCUCGGAUCUGUAUCGUUGGUGAAAAUGGCGCCGGUAAGACCACCAUCCUCAAACUGCUGAUGGGCGAGCUGACGCCAGUGGGCGGAGUCAGACAGGCUCACAGGAACUUGAAGAUCGGAUACUUCAGCCAGCAUCACGUGGACCAGCUGGACCUGAACGUGUGCUCUGUAGAGCUGCUGCUCAACAAGUUUCCUGGUCGGACGGAGGAGGAGUACCGCCACCAGCUGGGAGGGUACGGCAUCUCCGGGGAGCUCGCCAUGAGGCCGGUCGCCAGUCUGUCGGGAGGACAGAAGAGUCGGGUCGCCUUCGCUCAGAUGACGAUGCCAUGUCCAAACUUCUACAUCCUGGACGAACCCACCAACCACCUGGACAUGGAGACCAUCGAGGCUCUGGCUAAAGCUCUCAACAAGUUCAAGGGUGGACUUAUCCUGGUGUCACAUGACGAGCGUCUGAUCCGGUUGGUGUGUCGGGAGCUGUGGGUGUGUGAAGGCGGGAAAGUUCACCACGUCGACGGCGGCUUCGACGAGUACCGAGACAUCCUCCAUGAACAGUUCAGGAAGGAGGGUUACCUGUGAGGCCCCGCCCACUGAGGACUGACCACACCACCAGUAACACCGCCCACCCCACAACGACACCUGUACCGGCAGCCAAUCAGCUGUCAGAGCACACCAGAGGACGGUUUCUACUCUGAACUGUCUCACCUGCUCCCGUGAUCCGCUGGAAGAUGAUUGGUUGUUUGGAGACAGCUGAUGAGGUCACGGUGACCUCAGAGGGACGUGGACCAGACUGUUGAAUAAACAUGACUCAGCAUUCAGAGACAAAUAAAAACAUCAGAUCAUG